CACACGUCUACCUCAUCCUGUCACUUUCCCAGAGCAACGACGGGUUCAUGUUAUAAGAGUAACAGAUCUACAACAUGUUACUUCUUUCUCCCAUCUUCUUGGGAGCAGCAUUUGCUGUCCUUGCUUCGGUAUAUCUCAUUCGCUGCAUCUUGUCACCGUUGUGGAAAGUUCCCGGCCCGAGGAUAUCUGCCUUUACCUCCCUUCUUCUGAAAUGGCAUGAGCUGCAAGCAACGAGGACAAAGUACAUCCACGCACUUCAUCAGCAGUAUGGCCCAGUUGUCCGUAUAGCACCAAGCGAAGUCUCGUUUACAUCGUAUGAAGCCGUCAAGGAGAUCUACUGCUCUGGGGGCAGCGGCUAUGACAAGACGGAGUUUUAUGACUUAUUCAAAGUCUAUGGACGGAGGACCAUGUUUACAACACUGAAUAAGGAAGAUCACGCGAAGCGCAAGAGAAUCAUUGCGGACCGGUACGCAAACAGUAACGUCCUGCGACCUGUGCCCCUAAGCGGAAUCCAGGAGAGGUCGCAAAAGUUUAUCAACCUGUGCGAGAAGUCGGUGGGCAAGAGCCACGACAUAUUCAUGAGCCUUCACUCCUACGCCUGUGAUUGCGUUACACAUCACCUGUUCCAUCCGUACGGCAGUAACUGCCUCGAGAACGAGGCGGACGAGGAAAUGAUGCACCAGGUCGCCGCUGACGACAGCCUGCAAAAUCGCCUCGUUCAGCACUACAGUCCCGCGCUGCACAAGCUCCUCUCUCGAUUUCUGUACUUCUUCGCCAAGCCCCGCGAGACGCCCCUCGCCGACACCUUUGUCAUCGAGUCCAGCAAGAAGCCCGACCCGGCCGCCUUCACGCUCCUCAGCCGGCUGCACGACAAGGCCAGCCAGGGGCUGGACCAGCUCGACAUGGCGGGCGAGUGCCUCGACCACAUGGCGGCGGGCAUCGACACGACGGGCGACGGGCUGUGCUUCCUCAUGUGGGAGCUCUCGCAGCCGCGGUCCCUGCGGUUCCAGGAGACGCUGCGCCGCGAGCUGCGGGAGAACCCCCGGGUCGCGUUCGACAAGUUGCCGUUUCUCGAUGCCAUUGUGCAGGAAGGGUUGCGGUGCUUUCCUGCCAUCCCCAUGUCUUUGCCGCGUUAUGUGCCCCAGGGCGGGCGGGUGAUUGAUGGGUAUGCAAUCCCCGGGAAGACUAUCGUCAGCUGCCAAGCGUAUUCCAUCCACCGCAUCAAUGAAGAAAUCUUCCCGGAGCCGGAUUUAUUCAACCCUGAUCGUUGGAUGGAGCCAUCGGGUGACGCGGAGAGGAAGCGGCUAAUGUUUGCGUUUGCCAACGGAGGUCGAGGAUGUGUUGGCAAGCAUCUGGCGCUCGCCGAGAUGAAGACUCUGUUGACGGACAUUUACACCCGUUACACGACGCUUCCUGAGACGUCAAUGACGGAAGAGUCGAUGGCCAUGUCGGACCAACUCAUCUCCUCGCGACCCCUGGGACAAAAAUGUUUGCUGCGGUUUGUCCCCGUUGGCGAGAAGCGGGAAUGAUGGGUUUUCGAGGAGGAGGAGGAACGGGAAGAUGUCAAAGUUGCAUAGCGUGUGUUGCAUUCAGCGUGAAUCAUGGAUGGCAUAUCGCGUCUGGGCGUUUCUGCAAGUGUUUGAUCAUUCCGGGACAGGAGCACGGGUAGGUAGCGUGAGUGGCAUCUGGGGGUCUGGGGCAGGAAUGCUGAAUCAGUAAAAGACAAGGUGCCUCGACAAACGAGACAGCUUGGCAGAUGUGGUUGAAUGGACAUGAUACUCCGUAGAGGGCUAAUACCAAGUCACAAUCCUGCCGGGAAGAUUUCGU